GCGACACUUCUUUACGUCAGUUGGGCACACUUUCCGCCCGCAGGUUGCUGCACCAAAAUACCUCCCCACUGUACACAACCCAAUAAAGGCGUUUUACAAUAAGGAUUUAUGACAUGCGGUGCUGUUGACGAGGGGAGGGCGCUGGUCUCCGUUAGAGGUUUUUCGAUUGGUAGCCCCAUGUAGCUGCUGGCCUGUUCUCGACUGUUUGGCACGUCUUUAACAAUCAAUAUGGCUGAUGAGCUGAAGCGAUAUCUCUAUAAACAGCUGCCAAGUGUUGAAGGCCUUCAUGCAGUUGUUGUCACAGACAGGGAUGGGGUUCCAGUUAUCAAAGUGGCCAAUGACAAUGCCCCAGAAUAUGCCCUCAGACCUGCCUUCCUGUCUACCUUCGCCCUGGCAACAGACCAGGGCAGCAAGCUGGGACUCUCCAAGAACAAGAGCAUCAUCUGUUACUACAACACAUACCAGGUUGUGCAGUUUAACCGGCUACCCCUGGUAAUCAGCUUCAUUGCCAGUAGUAAUGCCAACACAGGUCUUAUCAUCAGCCUGGAAAAGGAGCUUGCGCCGAUGAUUGAGGAGCUGCGCCAAGUCGUGGAAGUAGCUUAGGAAAAACUGUCUAUCACUUUAUGGAAUCCUGGACUUUGGGAGUCAUGGGGAUGACUUGGGAUUUCAUCCUUAGUGCCUGAGUUUGCAAUCAGCUGUAUUCCUUGAGUAAUAUGCUUGGUUGAAGUGGGCUGGGACAGCACAGGGGUUAUGGAAACGAGAUGGAGAUGUCGUAGAUGUUUUUCAGGAAUCUUGCACACUUUUUCUCUUAUGGUGUUCCUUCCAAAAACUUUAAAUCCAAAUAAUACAUAUUUAUUACAUGUACAGUGUAUGUCUUGUCUUCAGUUGAAAUAAAUGACAGCACACCA